AUGUCUUUCAAACAGAGACAGCUAACAAAUGAAGACAUAGUUGAGUUGUUUUUUAAUUCUGACAAUGAGUCAGAAUAUCAGAGUGAGGCGUCAGACUCUGACAGUGACCAGGAGCUACCCCCUAAUCUUGUGGCUAUGGAGAACCCUGAGGUAACCACCCAAAUCCUCAUGGAAAAUGGUGAUGAGGAUGGAGGCAGGCCACUUGUGGGUGAUGUGAUGGAAGUCAGCAGCAGCCACUGGAAGGACAACAGUCAUUUUACCCCCCCUGUCCCUGCCAUUGCCUUUGAUGAGGGCCAGUCAGGAGUGCAAACCAGUUUGCCAUCUCCCACUGAGGCAGAGUGCUUCAAGCUCUUUAUGACAGAGCAGCUGGUUGGAGACAUAGUGGAGGAGACCAACCGCUAUGCACUGGAGCUGCAGGAGAAGACAGAGCCAGGAGUAAGGGGAAAGCUUGUCAAGUGGGUGUCAACAUCUGUUAAUGAAAUGUAUACCUUCUUGGUGGCUGUCCUCCUCAUGGGAAUAGUGAGGAAGAACUCCCUGAGGGAAUAUUGGAGUUCAGAUCCCAUGUUAGCGACACCCUUCUUUGCAACACUCUUUUCCCAAGACCGCUUCUUAGUCCUCCUACGAUGCCUGCACUUUGCCAACAACGCCACAGCAAACCUCCAAGAUCCCUUGCACAAAAUAAGGAGAGUUCUAUCAGGACUGACACAAGCAUUUGGUCAGGUCUUUGUCCCCUACAAAGAUCUGUGCAUCGACGAAUCCCUAAUGCUGUGGAAGGGUAGGUUGUCCUUUCGACAAUAUAUUCCCUCCAAAAGGCACAGGUUCGGGGUCAAAUUCUUUCUUCUGUGUGAUGUCAAGACAGGAUUUGUUCAAGACAUUAUAAUAUACACAGGGUCCACUACUGACAUCCAGAAUUAUGAGGGUCUUGGUGUGUCUGGAUCAGUGGUAAUGACCAUGUUGGCUCCUCACCUUGGCAAGGGCCACACACUUUAUGUUGACAACUGGUACAGCAGUCCAACUCUGUUUCAACAUCUCUUGUCUAACAACACUGGGGCCUGUGGCACAGUCAGGAGUAACAGGAAGGGGAUGCCAAGAUUCAGCAGCAGGAAGAUGCAGAAAGGGGAGGUUGAAUUCUUGGACAAUGGGAAACAGCUAGCUGUGAAGUGGCAUGACAAGAGGGAUGUUCAUGUCCUCUCCACUGUCCAUACUGCCACCAUGUCAGAAACCGGAAGGGUCGACCACCUGACAGGAGAGAGGAAGGUGAAACCUGACUGUGUGCAGGAGUACAAUAAAAAGAUGGGAGCUGUUGAUAGGGUUGACAUGGUCAACAGCUUUGUGGAGUGUGCCCGCAAAACCACCAAGUGGUACAAGAAGAUAUUCUUCCAUCUUGUGGACACUGCACUCUUCAACAGCCAUAUUGUACAUCGCCAUCUGACCGGUAAGAUAACAACUGAACAAGUUGUUUCUUUGUAAUUGGGUAUACACAAAUGUCAAUAUAAUUGCAUAAUGUAACUCUCACUCAUUAUCUUCAACUCUGUCACACGUAUAGGUGAGGUUAUCACAUACCAGAAAUAUCGGGAGAACCUCAUGAGAGAGCUGCUGGAGGAGCAUCACAUCCCUCGCCGUCCACCCACAGGAGGCCGGCCUUCUGGCGACAACCCCCUGCGCCUCACUGCACGACAUUUCCCAGCUGAAAUGCCUCAGACAGAUGCCCAAGGCAGCCGAACAAGGAGGCACUGCAAAGUAUGUAUGUCCGGGACCAGGAGCAGGAAGCUGAGGAAGUUAACAAAGUACAUGUGUGUACCUUGUGACACACCCCUAUGUGUUACACCAUGCUUUGGGGAGUACCACACUCUCAAGCACUAUUGAGCAAUUAUAUUCCUUGUUCUGUUUUGUGUGGUCUUUUUUACUGCUGUGCAUGUUUUGUCUUCUAGUAAGUGUCUUAGUACCCAAAUAAAUUGUUAUUGUAAAAUGUAUUUAGUUAGUCUUUCGGGGGCAUAAGACUUUUUCACAGUACUGUAUUUCUAACUUUGUGCGUUAUUUAUAUUCCAGUUAGAGGAAUUGUAAAUAAAGUUUUUUUUCAGUGGAAUACUCGUAUGCAGUGUCCUCAAUACAGUUAACGCCUUUUCUUACUGUUUUUAAUUCCAAGAAAACUAUGCACAAGGACACUGAAUUCAGACCGCCUCUUGAUCACAAUGUUAUUGGCUAUACAUACAUCGACAUGAAGACCAUAACGAAAACCAACACAUUUCUGUUUACAGUUUAUGCAAUUAUACAACACUCACCAUUGUCGGAAAAAGAUCCGUAGUCACGAAUGCAUAGCCAGGUCCGGAAGACGUUCAGCAAAUUCUCGUGUCCCAAAUAAUCUUAACGAUUUCAUAAAAGUUGACAGACCAUAAGGUUAACCUUAGCUAUACCCAACCUAGCUAAAGUCAAUGCAUCGGCUAAGUACUUCAGCUCUAACCUACCAACAUCAACUGAAAAGUUUUUUAGAAAAAUAUUUUCUCUGCAUAUUGCACUGGGGUAGGCUAAAUGAAAUCGGCUACUGUGUUAAAUGGGCUAAGCACUGUUUAACAUAAUAUUACAAUUUACACGAGUGCCAUGCUUUGCAGAUAAUGUGCUUUUAUCCACUACAGUAGUACAUUAGUUGAUGCAUUGAAAGAAACACGCUGGCUAAUGGCUAGCUCAAGUAAAUUCUACACUGCAGAAGUUGUAUUGUCAAUGUAUUAUUUAGUUAGUGUUUUUAAAAUGAUUUACCUAUGUUAUUGCUGGUUGUCAUAUAGAAAUAUAAUUUUAAAUUGACUGGUC